ACAUAAUAAUAAUAAUAAUAAAAGGGCAUGAAACCCUUAUUGCUCAAACUAGCCGUCAUUCUCUUCCUUCCUUCUCCUUUUUUCUCUCUUUUCCCUUUGCGCCGCCAGUGAGCAGCUCUGCCACCACCAGAAACCGGCGAGCCUGCUGCACGGCCCCACAGAAACACUGAUCCUCUUCCCUCCUCCACGAUAGAAACCACAGCCGCGCGUCAGGGACCAGCUGUGUGCAGCACCGCCAGCAAGCAGCCGGUCUGGGCCUCUCUCCAGCCGGUUCUGGGCUUUUCCACCACCUCCACAAGCUUAAUUCUCCUUUUCACUUUCAUUACUAGUUUUAUCUUGGAAGGUCUUCUCUUCAUUAGCUUCAUACUUAUUUGUCAGAUGGAAAACGAAAAAGAUGACGACUUUACAUUUUGUCAGGUAAGUGCACCUGUAAAUCAGAAAGGUUUUGAUGAGCAAGUUGUGGUUCCGAGCAUAGGCAAUAUUACUAUAAAUGAGGAAGUCACAAGUAGUAACAACGGUGAUCUAUUUAGUCUGUGGAACAACAAGGUUCCUUCUCAGGCUACUGCUGUGAAGGCGGAUAAAGUUGGAUCGUUGUCUUUCAAUGUCAUCAGUACAACUCCUAUAAUGCAGUCUAGUGAUGCAUCAAAACAGGUUGAAUAUUCGUCAACCUUUCCUACAGAACAGAAACCUGUGGCCAAGAAGCCUAUUACAAGGACGAAGGUUCCUUUUGAGAAGGGCUAUAGCCAAAUGGAUUGGCUCAAGCUUACUCGUACGCAUCCGGACCUUGCAGGACUGAAUGGUCAGUCGAACAAGAGGCUUAUAUCUAUGAGUGAAGUUAAACAACAUCAAACAGAAGGAGCAAUGUGGACAGUUUUGAAGGGACAUGUGUAUAACAUUUAUCCGUAUAUGAAUUUCCAUCCGGGAGGAGUUGAUAUGUUAAUGAAAGCUGUAGGAAAAGAUUGCACAUCUUUAUUCAAUAAAUACCAUGCUUGGGUUAAUGCAGAUUUCUUACUCGAGAAGUGUUUGGUGGGCAUUUUAGAUCAAAGCAAUGCUAAUUGCUAAACCUCUCCAUAUGUAAUGAGCUGAAAUGGGCAACUUGUUUUAUGAAGUAUCUCACAAUAAUGUACUACAUUGGAUAUGACAAUAUUUUUAAAGAAUAAAUAACCAUCUUUUCAUAUAUUGUGAAGUAUGAACGUAAAUUGUUUCCGCUGCUCCCAUGUAAAUGUUGGUCUGCAAAUUGUGAGUUGUUGAUAAUUCAUGUGAAGCUCACUGAUAUAUAAUAGCACAUGCUAAGCAGAUAACAUGUAUCCUUUGUUAGUUGGUACACUACUGUUUUGCUGUAAUUAUAGUCUGCAAUACAUGCCAGAAAUUUAAGAAUGGCACUACAUUUUCUUUAA